AUGAAGAACAUUAUCCUUUUUGUAACAUUUUUGGCUCUCUCUUAUUCAUCACUAGCAGCCGAUGAGACAGAGACUGAGUUUCAUUACAAAAAAGGCGCAGAAGCGGAUCCCGAGAAAUGGGCGAGUAUCAAACACGAAUGGAGCAUUUGCGGGAUGGGGAAGAGGCAAUCGCCAAUCGACCUUACGCCACAGAUAGCUCGCGUAGUUCACAAUUCUACAGAGCUUCUUCAAACAUAUUACAAACCAGUAGAAGCCACUCUUCAGAACCGUGGAUACGACAUGAUGGUUUCAUGGGAAGAGGACGCAGGAAAGAUCGUGAUCAAUGGUACCGACUACAAAUUGGUUCAAAGCCACUGGCAUGCACCUUCGGAGCAUUUCCUAAAUGGAGAAAGAUUGGCCAUGGAACUUCACAUGGUACACAAAAGUGCAGAAGGGCACUUAGCAGUUAUCGGAGUUCUCUUCAGAGAAGGUGCACCGAAUCCUUUCAUUUCACGGAUAAUGGACAAGAUCAACUCGAUCGCAGACAUACAAGGUGGAAAGGCCAGCAUAGGCAGAAUAGAUCCAAGAGAGUUCGGAUGGGAUCUUACAAAAUUCUAUGAAUAUAGAGGAUCCCUCACCACUCCUCCUUGCACGGAAGAUGUCAUGUGGACCAUCAUCAACAAGGUCGGGACUGUCUCACGUGAGCAGAUUGUUUCUGUAGUCGAUGCUCGUCGCGGUGGUUAUGAGGCGAACGCAAGACCAGCCCAACCGCUGUACGCACGGACCGUUUAUCUAAAUGAAUAG